CAUUAGCAAGGCCACAAGCCAGACUACUGAGCCUCUGAGGGCCUGAGUGCGCCAGUAAGGCCUGAACCAGCGAGUGGGUAGCUACGCCGCUCCUUACUCUCUACAAGGAUUGGUGCUGUCCCGGCAGAGAUGCGGGCGGCGGCGGCGGUGAACCUGGUGGCGGCGCUGCUGGGCCUCACCUGUGGAUGGAUUGGAGCAGCUGCCCAGACCGUGGAUGGCGAGGCGGGAAGCCAGGAGGAGGCGGUGUGGCUGGAGCCCCGCCAGCUGAUGCAGGUGGUGGAGGGCACGAACCACUCUGUGCGCUGGUUCACGAUACUGCCCGACGUGGCCUCCGUCACUGCGCAGGUGGAGGACGAGAGAGUAUGCCGGGUGGACGCUGUGGGGCCCGUCCUGGUCGGUUCCCCUCUCGAUAACUUCACCUUCAGCGGCAUAGUAAACGUGUCUGCUACGUUCAUCGGGUACAACAAACUGCGUGUCUUCCUCUACGAUGGCCUGGACUCCACAACGGGGGAGGCGGAGAUGCCCAUGAGUGUGCUGCUGUCAUACCAGAAGCUGAGUGACCUGUUCAUGAUGAUCACCAGCGUGCUCGUAGCCUUACUGUACGUGGUAAUGGGCGCCACGCUGGAUAUGAAGGUGAUCGCGAUGAUCGUCAAGAAGCCCAUUGGUCCCCUGGUGGGCAUCGUGUGUCAGUAUCUGUUCAUGCCCAUGAUCGCCUUCGGCCUGGCCAAAGCCACCUUUCCGGACAACCCCCUGGGCCAGCUGGGGCUGUUCCUGGGCGGCAGCUGUCCCGGCGGCGGCGCCUCCAACAUGUGGACGCACCUGCUGGGUGGCUCCCUCGACCUGUCCAUCAUGAUGACUUUCAUAUCCACCGUCACGGCCUUCGCCACCGUGCCUCUGUGGGUGCUGGUGAUGGGGCCGACAAUCGUGGGGGACGCAGACUUCAUUAUCCCCUACAAGGACAUCGCAGUGCUCGUCUUCAGUCUAUCCAUGCCCUGCGCCGUGGGGAUCCUCAUUGCAAAGUUCCUGCCGAGGGUGGGCAAGGUGAUAGGCAAGUUGCUGACGCCCCUCACCCUCUUCAACGUGGUGUUCCUCUUCACCUUCGGAGUGUACGCCAACCUCUACGUGUUUUCUCUGUUUGAGGCUAAGACUAUACUCGCUGGCUUCGGGCUUCCCUUCCUUGGUUACCUCAGUGGGAUUGGCCUGGCGUCCCUCCUCAAGCUACCAAUAAAGGACCGUAUCGCUAUCAGUAUCGAAACGGGCAUCCAGAACAUGACCAUCGCUAUCAUCAUCCUUAAAUUGACUCUAGAGGCGCCUGCUUCGGAGUUGACUGUGGUGUUCCCCGCCGCCGCAGUGCUCAUGACGCCCAUCCCACUUCUCGCCAUGCUCAUCAUUCGAAGGGUGUACCUGUGGCACUACGGUCCGCAGAAGGAGGACGAGAAGACAGAGAAGGAGAAGGAAGUGGAGGCGAAGGAGACGAACGGAAGGGUGGAGAGCGGAGGAGGCAAGGUGGAGGCGGGAGGUGGAGGGGCUGUGAAGGAUGGAAGCAAGACGAAGACGGGAGGAGGAAAGGAGGAACAAACGGACGGAGGGAAGGUGGAGAGAAAUGGAACGGCUGUUGUAGUGGAGGGUGGAAUUGAUAAUCCUGGGGUAGAGGUGGAAGAUACUUUCUGACACACUCCACAUGUAUCCUGACACACACACACACACACACACACACACACACACACACACACACACACACACACACACACACACACACACACACUAGAGGUGGAGGAUACUUUCUGACACACUCCACAUGUAUCCUAACACACACACACACACACACACACACACACACACACACACACACACACACACACACACACACUAGAGGUGGGGGAUACUUUCUGACACUCCGCAUGUAUCCUCACAAAAAAAAAAAAAAAAAAAAAAAAACUGUUGACAUGUGAACUGAUGUCUUACAAAUUAGAGAGGAAAAGAAGAUAAUGAGUGAGUGAGUAAGGUUGUAAUUGGAAAUAGUGAGUGAGAUGGUUGAAAGAGUGAGUGAGAGUGAGAGACAUGAACACAAAAUGAACGAGUGAACUAGCUAGUGACGAGUGGAUUAAGUGACAGAGUGGGUUAGUGAGUGAGAGUUGAGCCACCUUAGUGGCUUCUUACAGGUUGUGAUAAAACGUAGCGAAUUAUCUAUGCAAAUAUAUAAGUUUUUUAUACUAUAUAUUAUAUUGUUGAAUAAAAUGUAUUCUCCUUGUGUCGUGUAAGGCAUUUUUUAGUUGACAGAUCUGCCUUAAAAAUUACAAGUAUUUAUGUAUAAAAAGGA